AUAGCUUUCUCAGUUUGCGUUGUUUGUGAGUUACACUUAUUUACAUACUUACCAUUCUGCCAGACAAGAGUUCAAACGACUUUUGAGCACUGUGCCACUUCGUGCAGUUGUUGCUGAAGCGCUGUCAUUAUUUGCUUGCUGUUGAGGAUUAUAUCCAUAGGUAUACUUACCUCGGCAAGCAAAGCUAGCUACCACAGCCUUUCAGAAUUGGACGGCCAUUGCCUUGGCACUCUACUGCAUUCAGCUUUUCGUAAAGUGCUCCUCUAAGGUUAUAGUCUGACGUGUAAGAAGCUAAUGUAGGAUACCUUCUCGUCUGGGAAAGCGUUUCAACCAACCGCACAGAGAAGUUCAGACGGAAGGCCUAAAGGCCCCAAGAUACGACCUUUUAGUGCGCUUUGUCUGGCGCUCUACAAGGCUUGGCAAAUUGGUGACCAGGGCCCAGUACGUUGGUUCCAACAGGCGUCUGUCUGGCUUGACCUAACGGCAGGUAAUUGUGGGCAGGUUUGCCACGACCUCUGUAUUUAAUUAAGUUCACGUCCUUCCUGCAAUUAAGCCGAAACUGGGGCUACGUGUCGGUCUUCUGUUUACCCUAACAGUUCCAAGCGCCGCAAGGCUGGGCGCAACCGUUUCUCGUGAGAACCUGUAUGAACCAUAGGGAAUGUUGCCGCACGUUUCAUGUGCGUGUGCUAUAUACCCUGGCAGAGGCACUCAAUGACCGAGCCCUCCCACCCUCGCUACCAUGUGCUGCAGGCUCCAUUCGUGUUCACAACGUCACCCCCGUCAAGGGGCCGCUGUGGCCCUUGGAGCUGCAGCACAUUGGGGUUCAUUUUCCGCUCAACAUCAGCCGCUUAUAGGUGCCGCUGUCAUGGCUGCUUACCCUGCAAUGCCGCAACUGGAGGACUUUGAUGGCGCAUGCACGCUGCCCCUGCCAAGCGACUUCCAGAUGCAAAAGCCAGUUAUUUUCUGGCUAGAUCCCGAGGACGAGGCCCUGGCAGGGGCCGAGUACGAUAGCGGCGAUGACGACAGUCGGGGCUCCAGUAUUAUUGCUGGGGACGGUGUUGCUGGCGGAAAGUACGACGGCAGCGACGGCAGCGGAGUCCGCUUCCACUGCGAUAGCAUGCAAGCCAGCGACGCAAGCGAGGCCCUACCGGAGGCGCCACCUUCUGAGUCGGCUGUGGACACUCCAGGGGAGCAUGCGGCUGAAGUACGGCCGGUUGGAUCCGCAGGUCCUGCGUCGGCGGUGGGUUUGGAUUCGACGCUUGGUACGACAGCUGCUGCAGUUCCUCGUACAUGCCAGGGGACAGUGGUAGGGUCUGGUGCGGGAGGGAGAGGAGGAAGCAGUGGCAGCUGCGGCGGCAAUGAUGGGAUUUACCUGGGCUGUGGCUGCGGUGCCGCUUGCUUUGACGUUGGAAAGUUGAAGAGGGGCCGAGACGACGGCAGCAGCGUUGGGAAAGUAGCUGGCUGCAGCACCGGCACCGACAGCCCUGGUGCCAAGUUGCAUUCCCCGCAAGUUUCCCGAGCUAAUGCACCUGCGGUUAGCUGCGACAGUGACUUCAAUACAGCCAUUCCCGCAGCUAGCGCUAGCCUCGGCAGAGGCGCUGUUCCUGUCAGGUACGGUAUUCCGUACCCGUACGCAGUACGAGCAGUCACAGCCGCCAGUGGCAAUGACACCCGACGAUCACUGUCGCCUGGCAGCGGCGACGGCGUAGUCCCUUCAGUGCAGCAUGAGGGACAGGGACGGCAACGGGAACACCCAGCGAAGCGUCGCCGAUGCUGUUGCGUGUGGGAGUGCAGAUGCAGCCCUGCCGCAGACGCCUGCUUUCCAGCAGCCUGCCAUGCGCCGCACAUGCAACACGUGCUGCGAUCCGAUGCUGCAUCACGCGCGCAGGCGCAACACGUGCAGCUCUUUUCCACGCAGCCCCGAGCUACUGCGUCGCGCGCGCAGCAGCAACAGCUGCAAAUGCUGCGUCCUCCGGGGCUCCAGCUAGCUGCGGCGGCUGCAACCCGGCCUGGCGCCCGUGACUUCGCGCCAAGAGCAGGGCUGUACGGUGAAGGAUGGAACAGGACAGAGAACGUCUUGGCGACGACACGUCAGCAGCCGCAUGAGAGUCGCCGGGGUGUCUGCGACAUGCGGGCGGCGACAGCCCCGCUGCAGCAGCAGCAUUCCAUGACACAGAGGCAGCCUCUGCAGCACGGGACGCCGACGGCUGUGCCGUUUCCAGCUGUGGCGGUUAGGCCACAGUCCGCUCCAUCGUCACCUGUGGCGGGGUUUCCCAGUAGCAAGUGCUUACCCUACAGAGCGAGCAGCAGUAGCAGCGCAUGCCGAACGCCUGUGUCGCUACCGGCGUCGUGUUUCACUCCUGCGGUGCCGAAUAGCCAGCCUGCGGCUUGCGACUGCCUUGCAUGUAAGCGCAGUGGCGGCAUUGCGGCGCCGAGCAGCGUCGCCAACAGUGCUUUUGGCUCCAUGCUAGGCGUCUGCGCGGGGGCUCCUGCUGCCGGUAGCAGCAGCCCUUACCCCACACGAGCCGCUUGUUGGGGACCGGAGGCAGUGACAGUGAAGACAUUUCGGCCGUCCGGAAACUCCCCUGGGAGGACGACUGUUGGUCCCACGCCACUUGCUGCCUUUCCCGCACCUUCCCCCGCCCCGCCCAUGACCUAUGUAGUGACCACGGGAGCUUUCCUGCCGCCGGGGGGUCGCGCGCUCCUGCCUCCGCCAAGCUUUGACUCUCGCACAACGUCACCUGUACCGCCGUCACAGCAGCAGCAGCAGCGGGGGCAGCCUCAGUUGCAGCAGCCGUCGCCUCAGCAGCAGGAGGCGGCCCGACCCGCUAGCAUUCCUCUAGUGCCACAGCAUCAACAGCCACAGGAGCGACAGCAGCAGCACAUGCAGCGUGCGCACGGCCACCUGCCACGCCCGGGGCUAACUCCCAAGGCAUCCAUACCCGUACCACAGCAGCAGCACAUGCAGCAGAUGCUGCCAUCUCAACAACAACAUCUCCCUAUGCCUCUUCCCUGUCAUAUAACCUAUACCCCGCGCCGGUACCGUCACUCUCGCAGCCAGCAGCAGCAGCCGCAAGCACAGCAGCAGCCCUCGCCUGCUCCUUCGGCAACAGCAGCAGCAGCAGCAACGCCGAAACGGACAACACCACCUGCAUCGCCGUGGGCAGCAGCUGCAGCAGCAACCGCGGCGGCGCAUGCAGCGGACAUGCAAUCAACCACAGGAGCACCAGCGGCGCUAGCAGUGGCAAUCCAGGUAGCCCCGCCUGAGUGUUGUGCGGCACAUGGCAUGCUUGCAGCAAUGGGGCCUGCCAGGGCUCACCCCCAAGGCACCCCGCUGGCCUUCCACUCCGCUGCUUUGGCUAGCGCAGCAGGCACUAGCACAGCAGGCGGAGCUGCAGGCGGCGGUGCCGCUUUCCGUCCUCCAGCAUCAGAACCAACAGAGAUCGACAAGCAACAAGCAACUGCCCCUCGGCCCAUCUCUGCGGUUGAGCCCCGGCAUGCAGGGCUGAGGGCGGCACCCUGUUCCAUGGGCUCUGCCGCCGCAACCGUCACCCCUGGCGUUCCCCGCGCCUCGGCGUUCACUCCCGUACGACCCCAAUCCGCACCCAGUGCUCCCACGCCGGCGGUGGUGGCCAGCAGGCAGCAGUGCAGGUGUCCCGGCUGCAUGCGGCAAGCAGCGCGGCAACAGCUGCCGCAACAGCAAGCGGUGGAUGCGACUGCAGCGGUGGAGCGAGCACGUCAGCUUGGGGUUGUGCUGCCGGCGGCUGCAGCAGCGGCGGCGCUGGCGGCUCCGGCGGGCGCACCGAAGCAGCAGCGCGUGUUGGGGCCGCAGGUGGUGGCGGCGGCGGCGGCAGCAAUGGUGGGAGCAGCGGUUGCGCUGGCAGAUCAGCGGCGGCAGCAGCAGCUGCCGCCGCCGCGAGGCUCGUCACGCUGACGAGUGGCGUUACCAAAGCUACGCGUGCUGGGGCAUACGGCGGGCGGAACAGAACAGCAGCAGUGGCAGCUGGCGUGUGGCUUGAAGCUUAUGGUUGUAUGGUGUGGGGCCUAGGAGCAGGGUGGCUGUAAGGCCUAGCAACUGGCUGGGGACGUGUUCAGCGCACCUGUUGAAUACAUUAUAUCUUUUCCUCGCGGCUUGGUUGAAUUUAUCGCAUAUCGUGUUCGCAAACUUCAUCCAAUCCAGGACGGAUGUUGUUGCGGGCUGGGGCAGGGUCGUGCAGCUGCAGGUGUUCACAGUUGCGGAGUACCUCCGAUUCUUGCGGUCUUGUUGCAAACGUGACCCGUCGUCGUCGUGUUUGAUUUAUGGCGAGGAGAAGCACAUGAUAAAAGCUGCUCGUCCGGUGUUCACCACCGUGACGCCGUAACGGUAGCCAGACAUUUGAAUAAUUUGUGGUUCGCUUCAAGCGUAUGGGUUUGCUGAAGACGUCGUGCUCGAUCACGUUCGGUUGAGGGCGCGCGCAGUGCGAGGGUUUGUGAGGGCUGGGUUCGGGGAGAAAACUGUGGGUACUUUUGGCAUUUCACUGCCCAUUGUUAUGCUUUUCACCUAAAGGGUGAACAGCCGUAGGCAUAGCUCCAUUAGCUCGACACCGAUUGCGAUUGAACAGUAGCAUCAAUUUCGAAUAGUCCUCAGGUUAAACACAUGCAUGCGAACUUGCAGUUUGGCAAGGAAGAAACGUUGCACUUCGAUCCUAAGGGAGGCGACAAUGAUAGGCACGUCGCUUCACUAGUAUCGCUUCCCUUGCGGGGGGCUAGAGUUUGGUCGUCGUUAGUUGCCUGAUGCAUUUUGUUGUUUGGUUGUUAUAGCACCUUGCCCUGUGGUCGCAUUCAAGGACUGAAGGAGUGGGACUCAAACCAACUUUGGGCACUUGUGUACAUUUGCUGAACCCCGUUGCAAUGGUUGGACGGUCGGUUUGGCAGGCUCCUUGCGAGCUGCAGUAUAUCUCCGAGUCACACACGCUCUACAUAAACAAAAAUACACAAGCAAGAGAGAGCGUGUUAGGCUGUACUAUGCCAGAAUCUGCAGCUCUGUUUGCAAACAUGCUCCUGGUGAUGUUUAGGGGCUUGGAAUGGUGCACGAGCGACGAGGGACGCAUAAGGCCCGAGGUUGCGGGCGAAGAGGAGGAGGAAGUGGACAAGAGACGGAGCGUGGAGACAUUUGCUGCGUGCCGUUGCACCACGGGCCUUGGUACCUGGUUGCAUGUUAACUGCAAAGGGGUUACAGUUACAGCACCAGUAAACCCAUUCUAACAGCAUUCUCCUUUCCGGUUGGAAUGUGUGCGGUCUGAGAAGGGCCGAGGGUUGCCGCCGGAAGGGUGUCGAUCCGUUCUUCCACCGCUUGUUGACGUGCUGUCUGGGUUGGUUGGGAAGGCACGAAUGGAUGGUCAUACGAAGGCUAUGCUUGACUUAUUGCCGAAAGGUGUACGGAUGGGGUGUCGACACUUCGUGUUCUGUCAUGUACCGGCUUGCUGUAGUUGGGGGCGGGGAUUUUCGCUCCUUUAUGGGUAUACGGGUGACUAAAGGUAGAAGAUGAGAAGUGAUGGGGAGCCGUCCUGGGGUGCUUUACAGUAAUUAAAGUGCGACACUCGACGUAGAUAUUCGUGUACUAGUCUGUGGGUGUUUACUUGUAUGGUGUAGGACAUACUUGUAGACUGAAAGCGAUCGGGAUACUACCAAGUAUAUGCCAUCAGUCUGGUUUUAGUCGUUAGGUCUGGUAAGAUCGUUGUUUAUACCGGUAGAUGAUGCUUAAGAUGUUAGUUUGGUUAACGGUACCGGUAGUAAGGGAGGCACCAUAGGCGCCCAUGUGCAGUACCCUGUAAGGGGGCGACAUGCGCCUUGGGGCUACUUGCUCUCAUGGGCGCAUGGACGGUUAUGAUUCUUAUGAAGCUAGUUGGCCUCGUUGUCAACCCUACUGCAAGAGUUGCAAGCGGCUGUGCCGACGAGGCAGACGUGGUGAGCCUUGGCGGCAUUACCAGUUUGAUGUGUUACCACUUUGUUGCGUUAUCAGGCAACGAUGAGCUCCCUGGUAACAGUUCUUCUCAUUGCCGAUACCUGUAACCGCCACAACUAAA